CAUGAACUCUGUCUGUAUCGGAGUUAUUUUCUUUCUGCUCCCUUUUUCCUUUCUCAAUGAGACGUGCUCCGGUGCAUUUCUCAGUCCUCUUGAAAGGAAGCCUUAUGGGCUGUGCUUAUCCAGUGAGUAGAUGUUGAACCCUUCUGUGUAUAUUCAUGGUACCCUGACUGCUGAGCACACAGCCCUGAGCAGGCUGCAGAAGUCCCACUUCAAGUCUUGCUUGGCUUAAGAGACGCUUAAACCAAUGCAAUAGUUUCCAAGUGCCAAAUGCAAAGAAAAUGUCAAAAGCUGUGAAGGACAAAGACAGGGAGAAUCAUCCCAGGUGACCUUUGAAGGCCUCUCUGAGGAGGCUGUGUCUGCCUGGAGAGCAGAGUAAUGAAGAAGUGAUAGUCUGGUGAGAGUCAGGGACUAGAGCAUCCCAGGUACAAGGACUGCUGAUAGUGAGGGCAGGGGAGAGGACAGAAAGGAGACUGGAGGAGUGGUGUGUGGGAAGGCCCGAGGGUUGGGGGACUGAUCUCAGGUGGUGAUGAAGGCCCUGGCCUAUGGGUGAGUACAAUGGGGAGCCACGGGGUGACGUUUUCGUGGAGAAUGAUGAUGUAAUUUGUACCUUAAAGAGAACAUUCUAGCUGCAGAUGAUAGUCUGCAAGGGCCAGAGUGGAAGCUGAUAGAAGAAUGAGGAGGUGCCUAGAAGUCCAAGUGAGUCAAGGAAGCCUAGACUGGGACAGUUCCAGGGCAGAGGGAGAUAGAAAGAGCAUGGGUUGGACACAGAGACUACAGAGCUAUGACUUAGGGUGAAAGCGAGAGAUAAAACAAAGACCUACUCUUGUUUAGAUGAAUUUUUUUUGUGAUAGAGGGUUAGUGGCGGGAAGAAUUUAAAAGAAAGUGGAGACAGGAGAGUUUGUGUUAGCCAUGCAUACAUUUACAUCACACAUACAAGAGACAGGCAAGUCACAGCUGAUGUUUGCAGAUGGAGGCCCAGGGUAGAGGGAUCUGGAAGUCACUGGAAGACUGGCCUGGCUGAAGCCAUUUGGUUAGAGGUCAGAAGACCCAAGGCCAAUACUAGGCCUCCCAACAUUGUUCCUCAAGAAAGGCAGGUAGGAAGUACCAUGGGGUGACCUAGGGAGUGUCCUGUUGUGAACAGCAAGGGGAAAAGUGUUCCUAGAAGGUGGCAGUGGUCAGAUCUAUCAAAUGUUCCAGAAGCAAAGAGUGGGGUGCAGAUGGCGAAUUUAGCGUUGCCACAUAGUAGUUGGCCUUGACACAGCAGCUUCAAAGAACUCCUAAGACAACAGGUCAGUUUGAGUAGCUAAGUUGGGAGUCAGUGAGGAAAUGCUCUUAACGAACGGGUAUACAUGUUAUCAGUGUGUGCUGGGAAGGACGGCAAGGGACCUGAGACUUCACCUCGAUUGAAAUGUGAGACAAGAGAAGAUGAUCGUAUACAGGAAUUAGUAUGUGUGGGUGCUGAUGGGAAGUAACCGGAAAGUACAGGGAGAAAUAAGGACAGACAUGGGCGAAGGGUUCUGUGGGUUCUCAAGGAGUCAGUCUUCCCACUGUCGGAGUGUUCUCAAGGAAUGCAAGGUCCUCCUCCGGCGGGCAGUCUCGUGCCAUUGUAACCUACGGAAGUGUUUUCAAGAGAAGGGCUGCUUUCCUUCCUUUGGGGCUGGUCUGUUUCUCCUCCUGCCCAUUGUGCUUUGUAGUAGAAGCAAAACAGACAGCGGAAGUUUUCAUUCUAAGCCAUAGACUGCUGAGACAAGUAAGCAGUCUUACGGAAACAGGGAAAUGUUGAAGUGUUUGGAACUGACCUACAUUCUUCAGUGUGAAACUGACCUCUGUCUCUCUGUUUCAGUUUCCCAUUCUAUCUCAUACUCGUGUCAGAGAGCACGUCAGACUCUGAAAUGAGUAUUACUUCUUCAGGUCAUCUUUGAGAUUCUGACUCUCUGCUUUGGUUUCCAUCCCUUUCAUGUCUACACUCACAGCACAUGUAUACCCAUUCAGUCAUGUGUACAUCCUCAUAGUAUAAUACAAAGGCCCAGACUGACAGGCUCCAGAAGGAGAUAGACAUGUUGAAGGAACAGCUGCAGCUCACCAGGUCUCAGCUAGAGUCUGCCCAGCAUGCCCACGCAGUCCGGUUCUCUAAGGAAUAUGAAAUGCAGAAAAUGAAGGAAGACGACUUUCUGAAGUUAUUUGAUAGAUGGAAAGAGGAAGAAAAGGAGAAGUUACUGGAUGAAAUGGAAAAGGUUAAGGAGAUGUUCAUGAAGGAGUUUAAAGACUUAACUUCUAAGAACUCAGCAUUAGAAUAUCAAUUGUUAGAAAUUCAGAAGUCCAACAUGCAGAUCAAGUCCAACAUAGGCACCUUACAAGACGUUAACGAGUUUAAAGAAGACCAUCUGCCGCAUCCCCAGGAUUUCCAAAACAUGCUGCAGCUCCUUGACAGCCAGGCAAACAAGUGGUCAGAUCGAUUUCAGGUUCUCAGCCAGGAACACAGCAAGGAGAAGGGACAGCUCCUGUCGAAUAUCGAGAAGCUUCGAACCUCGAUGAUGGACGAUCUAAGUGCACAUAACGUUUUCUACAAGAGGCGGAUAGAAGAACUAGGCCAGAAAGUGCAGGAGCAGAAUGAGCUGAUCCUCAGCCAGAGGCAGCAGAUCAGAGAAUUUACCAGUAAACCAUACAUCAGUGUUGGUGAGCUGAAAGGGAAUUCUCUAACCUGGCAAGCACUGGACUCUAGAUCAGCUGGCCCUGCUGCACCCAUGAGUGCCUCAGCCACACAGACUCUGGAUGGCCCACCCAGCCUGACCAUGGUACAUGGAACAGAGCAGGCGUUCUCGUCACACGUCCUGGAGCCGAUAGAAGAACUUUCUUCAGAGGAAGAAAAAGGACGAGAAAAUGAACAGAAAUUAAAUAAGAAGACGUAUGUAAGGAAGGCUUUGAAGGGCAGCUCCUCCUCUAAGGGGCUGAGGACGAACUUGGAGAAGGCGCUGGGAAGGAAACUGAGGAGCUUUGGGAUUGACGAAGAUAUACAUGGUAUUCCAUGUGACGUCUUGAAUAGUUCACUUAAAGCCAUGCAAUUAGCCAGACAUGAUCUGGCAAAACAAAUGCCUGACAUUCAGCAAAUUCGAGAAUCCCUUGAACAUCAGCUCAUCUGUAAAAUGGAGGAGAAAGUGUCGCUGUCUUCGGAUAGGCACAAUAUCCCUCCCAUGACCACCUUCCCAGCUGAAGAAGUACCCAAAGCCACCCAACUUCCCCCACAAAGCAGGCCAUUGGUCAGACAGAGGACUGUGUUUACUGAUAAGGUGGCUGUCCCAAAAUUUAAGAAAAAUACCAAAGAAAGUCAUUUUCUCAGAAAGUUUUCAUCUACCAAGACGCCUCCCUUCAGCUCAGAGGAGGAUCUUGAGGAAGAGGACUUCAUCCAGACAUACGUAUCCCCAGACUUAUUUACCCUACAGCCAUCUAAAAAUAUCAUGGGUAACUUCGGAAAGAGCGCUGUCAAAAGUGAGCCGGACUGGACAGGGGGAAGUGAGAUGGAGGACUCAGAUGUCUCCCCAAGGCCCACAGGAACCUCCAUUCAGAUCCAAACCGACACUGUUGAGAACGUGGUCUCACAGCAGGGGAUUGGGGAUAAACCAGUUACGGGGAUGAACACUGUUGAGACACUCAUCAGAAAGGAAGAACUGCAAGAGUUAAAGUGCGCAGAUGCAGAUGCUGAUGACUGGGACAUAUCAUCCUUAGAGGAAGAUAAGUCACUGGAGAAAAAGAUAGAGCUGAGGGAAGCUCCUCCACCUGGGAAGAGAGAUCUAAAUUCCAGUCACGUGCCAAGGGCCUGGGGCCCAGUGAACCCUCGGGAAUUCAAGGAAGAAGGACUUCAAGAAAACGAAUCGAGCACACUGAAAAGCAGCUUGGUAACGGUGACUGACUGGAGUGACGAUUUGGAUGUGUAACUACAAGUUACAAGAGAACUGUUCCAGCAGCAUUUCGGCCAGCAGCCUAUCGGGUUCUAACGUUCCCUAGUGUUUCCCAGCUCACAAGGAAGCCCACUCAGAGCAAGGGCGUCUCUAACAACUCGGAACACAGUACUGAAAUCUGUCAGCUGGCCCACUGUGUACAACAAGAUGUCCUUUCAGUCAUAAAAAGUUUUCUUCACAACGGUACUCUAGUGUUAAAUGUAUUUUUUUUCAACUGACUUUUAAGUGUUUUUUUUUUUUUUUUGACUGAUAGUAGGCUUUGGUUUGAGUCAUUGUAGCUUUUUAAAAUAAGUAUGUACUGUCACAUUGGUAGUUUCUAUGUUAUAAAAUUCUGUUAAGUCUCUUCAAAUUUGAAUUAGUGACCUCAGUGACUUCAGUUGUUUUCCAUCUAGAAGUAAGUCUAGAAUGGUGACAAUUAGCCAGGCCGUGGUAAACGCACUCUCCUGGAGUACCUCUGUCCCCUGAGCUGCGAGGCCCUGUUAGCAUGUUGUUACUGACCAGUGCUUUUGUGCAGUGUAAUCUUUAUCUUGGAUAUUUUAUGAAUAAUGUGCAACUGUUCUAAAUGCCAAUUGAGUUUUAUGAGAUGAUCAUUAGAAGAAGAUGAGCCAUUCCCGAGUCACACGUGUGUAGUUCCUCUGUUUUUCAGUGCUCAGCCCAUUAUAAAAUACCUCAGAACUAAUUUAUAUUCUUGAACAAUGAUCUCGGCAAUGAUCAGAAAAUUUAUAUAUAAACUGUUUGUUUUUCGUUUCUUUUUAAAUUUUUUUCCUUUUUUUUUUAAAAGUAGUUUUUACACUUUGUGGUACUAUUAGGACUCUAUCUCAAAAAAAAGAAAAGGUAACAUUUUAAUAGCUUGUGAUUUGGGGUCUCCUGUCAACCAUCAACAAUGCCAGUAAAGUCCUCCAUUACACCCUG